AUGGUGCUCGGCAUGAGCUCCAAGAGGGCCUACAAUUGGUUCAUCUCGCUCGUGGCAGCAGCGUGUAUGGUGCUUUAUGGCUAUGAUGCGUCGGUUUUCAACUCGGUCCAGGGCUCAGACAACUGGAUGGCCUACUUCAAUAAUCCAAGCGCAGCGACGAUCGGCUCAAUCAACACUGCUUACACUGUUGGCGCCAUCUUCGGUGGGUUCUUCGUUGGAGGACCGGUAGCCGACUACCUUGGUCGCAAAGUCGGCAUGGCUAUUGGCUGUGUCCUGGUUAUCGGGGCUACAUUUAUGCAAACAUUUGCUCCUCGCCAUAGCCUUGCUUGUUUCCUAGUAGGAAGAUGUAUCAUUGGUAUUGGUCAGGGUGUUGCACUGACUGCCGGACCGGUGUAUAUUGGCGAACUGUCUCCACCGGAGAUAAGAGGAAAGAUCAUGACCUUCUGGCAGAUGUUCUACUCUGUCGGGUCAUUCAUCUGCUUCUGGAUCAACUAUGCCUGCACCAAGAACGUUGAGAAGCUAGGUGAAUGGGACUGGAAGCUAGUCGUCAUCUUCCAGCUCUUGGUCCCUGUCUUGAUCCUUGCGCUGCUUCCGACAAUGCCUGGUAGCCCUCGUUGGUUCAUCAAACGCGGAAACAACAUCGAGAAGGCACGUUCCGCCCUGAGAAGAGUGCGUGACAGCGAAGAGGAAGUAGAAGACGAGAUUCUUCAGAUCCACAAGUCUCUUCGCAAGCGCAUGCUUCUUGCACUCGUCAUCAAUGCUGGCCAGCAACUUACUGGACAAGGCUCACUGAACUCAUACUCCACCAAGAUCUAUAAGAAAGUAUUCACCAGCGACAGCCAGAUCGCCUUGAUCAACGCCCUCAAUGCUACUUUCGGAAUUCUCUUCACCCUCAAUGCUGUCUGGAUCAUUGAUAGAUUUGGAAGAAAAUUCCUUCUCAUCGUUGGUGGUAUCGGAAUGGGUAUUUGCAUGAUCAUCGUCGCCGCUGUCGAAACUGAAACGCCAAAUUUAGCCAACGGGGCUAAAUCAGAAUCAGUUGGUAUAUCGAUUGUGUUCCUUCUUUUCCUAUUCAUAUUCUUCUAUAAACCAUCAUGGGGCGCAACAGUCUGGAUUUGGACCUCGGAGGUCUUUUCCAUGAAUGUGAGAGCGCAAGCAGUUGGGAUGGCCUCGCAAACUCGUUUGUGCACAAUAUCCCAAACACUUGAACAGCGCAAAACUGACCAACUUCCAGAAAACGUCGCCAACACUAUCUUCCAGCAAUUCUUCCCUAUUUUCCUCGACAACGACGGCUUCUACGCAUUCUACAUGUUUGCCGGGAUCAACUUCUUGUUGGCGCUGUUCGUCUUUUUCUUCAUUCCGGAAACUAAGCAGGUUCCGCUGGAGGAAAUUGAUGCGUUGUUCGGUGGCGCCAACCAUGUUGUGCAGGGCGAGCAGGUUCUAGCACAGCAGAAAGGAGUUGAAGCUGCUCAUGAGACACAUGAAAAGCCCGGUAGCGUCACUAUUGAGAACGUUGAGACUCGCAGCGAGUUCCGUUGA